UUCAACAAUGGAGGCUGCACCCAGAUCUGUAAUAUGAUGUCGCAAACCGUGGUGUGUAGCUGCCAUACUGGCUAUCGUCUCCUCAUGGAUGGACGAUCUUGUGUUGCCAUACGCUGUACAGAUCCAGGGACGCCACAGCACGGCCAGAGAAGUGUGAAUGGCCUUGAAGUGGGCGGAGAAAUCCAGUUUGAGUGUCUGGCGGGGUACAGACUGACUGGGAACAAUGUUGUACGAUGCACAGCUGAUGGUACCUGGAACUCCGAAAAUCCAACUUGUGAAGCCAUACGCUGUACAGAUCCAGGCACACCACAGCACGGCCGGAGAAGUGUGAGUGGCCUGGAAGUGGACGGAGAAGUCCAGUUUGAGUGUAUGGCAGGGUACAGACUGACUGGGAAUAAUGUUGUACGCUGCACAACUGAUGGCACCUGGAGCUCGGAAAAUCCAACUUGUGAAGAUAUAAACGAAUGCACGUCUGGCACAGCACGGUGCAAUCCAGAGACAAGCACUUGUGUCAAUACAGUCGGCUCGUACAACUGUGUCUGCAUGCCAGGCUACGAACAGGAUGGGGUCGGAGGAUGUCGCGAUAUUGAUGAGUGCCAGCGGGGACUGGACCGGUGCGAUCCACUGACUCAGGACUGUGUAAACACGCCUGGAUCGUACCAGUGCAGGUGUAAAGAUGGCUAUAAACUGACCGCUGAUAAGGAAAGUUGUGAGAAACUGGAAGACAAAAUUGUGGUUAGACAAGAUAUCAAUGAGUGUGAUGGCAAUGACCACGGCUGUGACAUGGAGAAUGGCGGCUGUCAGGACACCCUUACCUCCUACUACUGCUACUGCAACUCUGGCUAUGAACGCAGUGACACCAAUCUUGGAACCACUGUAUGUGUGGAUAUAGACGAAUGUCAGACACGGACAGACAGCUGUGAUCGUCUCUAUGGAUCCUGUCGCAACACGCCCGGGUCCUAUACGUGCUCUUGUAACACUGGUUUCGAGCUGGCUGCCAAUAACAGGAAUUGUCGAGAUAUCAAUGAAUGUGAGAGAGGGCUCGAUACAUGUGAUCCACUAGUCGAGUCCUGUGAGAACACAAUGGGCAGUUACAGAUGUGUGUGUAUGGAAGGAUACCAGAAGAACAACAAUGGAGUCUGUGAAGACAUUGAUGAAUGUCGUGAAAAUAUUGCCAAGUGUGAGUUAUUGAAGCAGGACUGCGAGAACACGCGGGGCUCGUACAGGUGUGUGUGUCGCCAGGGACAGAAACUUAGCAAAGACGGGAAAUUCUGUGAAGAUGAGGCCCUCCAGUGCCCACAACCCAGGAUUUUGAAUGGUGCCUAUUUCUACGUUGCUGGGGCCAAUAAGGAUGUUUACACAGCUGGGGACCGAGUCUCAUACACAUGUGAUGAUGGUUAUGAGAUCACUGGAGCAUCAUUAUCCACCUGCCUAGAAACUGGAGAGUGGGAUCCAGUGGUACCAAAAUGUUUAGGUGUCCUCUGCCCAGAGCCAGAGAUUGUUGAAUUCAGCACCAGAAGGGACAGUGGGACCAUAUUCCGCUACCAGGACACCGCCUCCUUGCAGUGCUUUGCUGGCUACGUCAUGGAUGGUCCAGAGAGAAUCACCUGCAGAGCCAACGGGGCCUGGACGACUUAUCCAACCUGCUCAGCUUGUCCAAAGGACAGUUAUGCUGACAACAAUCAGUGCAAGCGGUGUCCUGCCAACAGUCACACCAUCUCUGACGCCAGUAGUAGCAUAACCAGCUGUAUCUGUGACAGAGGUUAUACUGGUCCACCAGGAGGACCUUGCCAAGAGGUUAUACUGGUCCACCAGGAGGACCUUGCCAAGGUAGGUGUUAGGUGCAUUGCCAAUAGUCACACCAUGUCUGACGCCAGUAGUAGUAUAACUAGCUGUAUCUGUGACAGAGGUUAUACUGGUCCACCAGGAGAACCCUGCCAAGAUGAGAAUGAGUGUAGCGCGGUGGCAUCCGUGUGUGGAAGGCAGCAGUGUCGUAAUACUGUAGGCAGCUACAACUGCUACUGUGACCCAGGCUAUAGCAUGGACAAUGACAGACAGACCUGCCAAGAUCUAGAUGAGUGUCAGCUGGGGACCCACACCUGUGACCAGAUCUGCAACAAUACACCUGGUGGAUACACCUGUAGCUGUCAGGAUGGCUACUCUCUGGUCAACAACAAGUGUGAGGAUAUCAAUGAGUGUGACCAGUCCGGCACCUGUGAUCCCCGCGCCACAUGUCAGAACCUGCUGGGCAGCUAUAAGUGUACUUGUAUGAAAGGAUUUGUGGCAUCUGGAUCAGCUUGUGUUGGUAAGUAUACCUGUAUGAAAGGAUUUGUGGCAUCUGGAUCAGCCUGUGUUGGUAAGUGUACCUGUAUGAAAGGAUUUGUGGCAUCUGGAUCAGUUUGUGUUGAGACGAUACCUCAGCACCUGAGACUCUAUAAGAAGAAUCAUCCAAAAAUUGGGAUCCAACAGAUUGUGGGCAAACUUAGGCCUCAAAGGGAGAAAGAGAAAGAAACCAAUUGGCAACUUAGCUACUUGUGCAAGGCAUAUAGGAAAAACAACCCCAAGGUAACCGUGUUGGUGGUAGAAGAAGCCAUCAGUGAGGCUUUAAAGUAUUACCCCAAAAUGCAGGGUGGCCCAAAGUACAAGAUAAGACUGAAGAAGAGGAUUAUAGGGUUUUUAAUGUUGAGGGCAAGACCUAGCCCCAUACUGAAGGUCAAGGCCAGAGCUGGCCAGGAGGACUCAGCCCGAGCUGACCAGAACCCAGUGCAGACUGAGGACCAAGAGAGGAUACAGGAGAUAAGACCGAAGAAGAGGAUUAUAAGGCCCUUAAUGGUGAGGACUGAUGAGGUCUAUGAUAGAAACCAGGACUGGAUUGAAUGUGAAGACUGCCUGCAAUGGUUCCAUGUCAAGUGUGAAGGGAUCCAGUCAUCUGCCCUGGAGAAUCUACAGCACACAUUGGCAGUGUUGCAACUGCUCUUAGGGUGGUAUUCUAUAGAGCUGUAA